AGAAGAAAGGAAAGAAGAAGAAGAAGAGGAGUAGACCCAGCCCCUCUUUAAGCCACCAUAGAGGCGUCCGGGUUUCCACCCCUUUGCCGAUUAGUUUGAUAGCAGGAUAGCGAAGGACUACUAAAUUGGGAAAGACCCCUCUCACUUUGACACACAAGUUAUAAAAUGCUAUAUCAGUGCGGGUCGUUAAUGUUACAGUUUAACGCAGGUUUGUUUUCCACCUCCACGGUCCGCGGUUACUUCCUGGUGCCACAGAGAGAGGCAGUGCUGAGUUAAAGAGACAGAAAUACUGAUAGAAAUUCAGAUAGAAAAAAAUACUGAGAGAAGAGAGGGGUUGGAGACGCGAUAGGAACAGUUGACUGGAUUCCCAGAAAUUGAAAACCCUCUCUCUCUCUUCCUAUUUAUAUGUAUUUUUGAUAUUUCUUUGUUUAACCGAGUCGUUAUUCUUCGCGGGUUUGUAAACUAACAAACGGUUUGGAUGACGGUCGGCUGCGGCUAAAGCGGAAUUGUAACGGGGAACAUAUUCCUCCCUCCGACGGAGAAGCCUCGCAGAGAUUUUUUUUUCCUUUUUUAUUUUACAGUAGACUCAUUCCUGUGUCAUUUUAAACAACGACGAAAUCAUCCCGGGUGUAAUUUUAUAUUUUUUAACGAUUCCACAAGGAAGGGUUAGGGCGACGGAAGAUGGGUUGUUUGGGCAACAGCAAGACUGAAGAUCAACGCAUCGACGAAAAGGCACAACGAGAGGCUAAUAAAAAGAUAGAAAAGCAGUUGCAAAAGGAAAGACAAGCUUAUAAAGCCACACACAGGCUCCUAUUACUGGGUGCGGGAGAGUCCGGAAAAAGCACCAUUGUGAAGCAGAUGAGGAUUCUACACGUCAACGGCUUCAACGCGGAAGAAAAGAAACAGAAAAUUCAAGAUAUUCGGAAAAACGUCAAAGAUGCCAUAGUGACUAUAGUGUCUGCGAUGAGCACUUUAAUACCCCCAGUCCCGCUAGCCAAUCCAGAGGACCAAUUCAGAAUCGAAUACAUCAAAAGCAUAGCACCUCUCUCUGACUUUGACUAUUCACAGGAGUUCUUUGAUCACGCAAAGAAGCUGUGGGACGACGAAGGAGUGAAGGCAUGUUUCGAGAGGUCCAAUGAGUACCAGCUCAUCGACUGUGCACAAUAUUUCCUGGACAGAAUUGACUCCGUAAGACAGAAUGACUACACACCAACAGACCAGGACCUGCUACGCUGCCGAGUGUUAACUUCAGGGAUUUUCGAGACGAGGUUCCAAGUAGACAAAGUGAACUUUCACAUGUUUGAUGUUGGAGGCCAGAGAGAUGAAAGGAGAAAAUGGAUCCAGUGCUUUAACGACGUCACUGCUAUCAUCUUCGUGGUGGCCAGCAGCAGCUACAACAUGGUAAUAAGGGAAGACAACAACACCAACAGGCUACGGGAAGCCCUGGACCUCUUCCGCAGUAUUUGGAACAACAGAUGGUUACGCACUAUAUCGGUCAUAUUAUUCCUGAACAAGCAGGACAUGCUGGCUGACAAAGUAUUAGCUGGAAAAUCCAAAAUUGAAGACUACUUCCCCGAAUACGCUCGUUACACCAUACCAAAUGAAGCAACUCCUGAACCCGGUGAGGACCCGAGAGUGACGAGAGCUAAGUUCUUCAUCCGAGACGAGUUUCUUCGGAUCAGCACUGCGAGUGGCGACGGGAGGCACUACUGCUACCCCCACUUCACCUGCGCCGUGGACACAGAGAACAUCCGGCGGGUGUUCAACGACUGCCGGGACAUCAUCCAGAGAAUGCACCUGCGGCAGUACGAACUCUUGUGAUGGGAGACGGCCUCCGUCAGCCUUCUGCGUUUUUUUUUUUUGUUUUGUUUUUGUUUUGUUAUUUUUUCCUCCACCAUUCUGCAUCCUUGACGAGCCCUUCUUCUUCUUCCUCCUCCUCCACCUCCUCCUCACCCCUUACCACCCCCAGCCCACCCACCCCCCCAAAAGAAACCCUGACCACCCCUCCUGUCGAGGACUAUGAAGUACUACUGAAGUGUGUCAAAUACUCUUCCUCUUCUUAACUUUUAGCUUUUUGUACGUCUUUCCUCUCUCUCUCUCUCUCUCUCUCUCUCUCUCUCUGAGAUUCAUCCCCAUUUCACCGACGUGAAAGGAAGGUUGGGGAAUAAAGUUUUUUUUUUUUGCGUGCCGCUUGUUUUAUUUUUGUUUUUUCUUUUAAUCCUUCCUUUUGAAUGCCUUGAUUUUUGUCAUUCCACUAAGCCUUGGGCUACCUCCUUUUUUUUUGCCCCUUUGUGUCCUUCUGUUUUUCGGCUUUGUCAUUGGACCUGGACUGGUGGGUGUGGAUGCAUAAAACACACCUACAGGACCUCAGUGUAGAGGCAGUGUGUGUGUGUGUGUGUGUGUGUGUGUGUGAUGAAGAGGAGGAAUACCAUGCGAGUGAGUGCAUGUGUGUGUGUGUUUAUGUUUGUGUGUCAUGUGCCGGUUAAAGCUGGCAUCACCACCAUGACCUUUUGCGCCCCUUUUCUUUCUGUCUUUCUUUUUUCUUUUCUUUUCUUUUCUUUAAACCCCGUCGCCUCCUUUGACCUGCUCCUCCUCUCCGCGUGGCAGACGACCGGACGGCGACGUCCCCGCAGACGGAGGAGUGGACGGAGGGGGAGGGAAGCGGGCGGAUGAAGAGAUAAAUGCACUUUGCAUCAGGUUCCUUAAUAACUUUCUUUUUUGUUGUUGUUGUUGUUGUCGGUUUUUUUUUUUUGUUUUGUUUGUUUGUUGUUUUUUUUUCUCCAGAGGAAGCAUACACACAAUGUAGCAUCACAAUAUUUAUUACCCUGUCACGAUGUUAGCUUGCCGAGCAGCCGAGAGACGUGUGGAGCGAAAAGAUUAAAGUGGGAAGAGGGGGGCAGGAAAUACACGAAGACACGACGAAGGAUUUUAAAAAUGAAGGAAAAGGGACUGAGCUCUCUGCACCUUAGACCUGCUGCCUCCACGGACUCGGACCUGCCUCCUUUUUUUCCCCACACAAACCAUCCUUUUAGCUUAGAGAUACUGAUGGGAGGGGAGGGGAGGGUGAGGGUGAGGGUGAGGGGAGGGAGGGGAGAGAAAAAAAAGUAUUGUUCUCUUUUUUUUUUCUUGGUUAUUUUUGGUUCUGUUUUUUUGUUAACUUGUACACUGUGCAAGGUUGAAUUAUCCUGUACAGACUGUAAAAUGUAAUAUUAUUUUGUACAACUUAAUUGAAAGAAAAACAAAUCUACUUGUAGAUCUUUGUGCCUUGAUUAUGGCUGUACCUGUAAAUGAGCUCAGAUGUAAGUAUGUUUUCGACUGCGCUGUACAGCUUGAUGUCAAUCUCUAUCAGCAGCGGAAGACUGCGGGUAGGGGACUUUCUCUGUAGAGUUUAGUUUUUUCUGGUUUAUAAAAAAAAAAAGAGGAAAUGCUGUUUAGUAAAAAAUAAAAAAUAGGGAAAAAAUCCUAAAAACCUGUAUACAUUAUGCAAAUUAACCACUUACCUGCAGUGAAGACCAGAUGUUGCAGCGCCAUGCCUUUUUUUUCUUUCUUUCUUUUUGUUUUUGUUGGUUUUAUUUUUUUCCUCCUUUUUACUUUUACUUUUAUUUUGAAUUUCACAGCUUUAAACAAACAUUGGAAAUCCAUUGAAAAGUGUCCAAAUUGCAACCUGGUGUUGUUUUAAUAGGAACCAACGUUUUUUUUUGUUUGUUUGUUUUUGGUUUUUUUUCGAUAUGAAGUGUGUCUGAGAUCUGUACCGAUGUGCGUGCCUGUGCGCAUGUGUACAUAAAACAAACAUAGACUCACAGACGCAGUGUGUGUGCGUGCGUGCGUGUGUGUGUGCGCGUGCGAGAGAGGGCGAGCGUGCGUUGUGUGUAAAAUUUUAUAAAUGUAUGUACAUGUAAAUUUAUAGGUCUAUAUAAAUAUAUAUGUACAAUUAUACAUGUUUAAUUAUGUGUGUGCCUAGGUGUACAUACCUAUGUAUGUAUACGGUAAAUAUGUAUACAUACACACAUAGGAAAGCAUGUUUAGAAUGGAGAUGAAUAAAUGAGAGCGUGCAAUAUUAGUGAUUCUUUGGUCCUUUGGAGCCAUACAAGAUGGCACAGGCACUAUGAAUGUGUGAGCAGCACCCGACAAGACAAGCUCUUCUCCUUGUACAAACAGCAUCAGCCUUUUCUUCUGCUACAGUACACGUUUAUCCUUGAAAGAGAGUGAACUGACUGGAGGUGCAAAAACCUUGUUUGGCCUGGGAGGAUGAUUAAAUGACAUUUUUAUUUUCUUUAAAUAAAGAGGCACAUUAGAGGACUUUGCUUUAUUUCCA